AUGGAGCAACGUCGGGAGGCUAAUGUAAGGUCCUCUUAUGAAGUUGAUGAAGUUUACUCAGAUUUAUACUCUACAUUGUCUCAGGUCACAUCGACGACUGCCAAUGACAUCGAACAGUUACUCUUCUCCUUCACUUGGAGAACAUGUUUCAUCCUACUAGGAGCUACUGUGGGUGGGCUGCUAUUUGGCUACGACACGGGCGUGAUUUCUGGAGUACUUUUAAGUUUGAAACCGCAAGAUAUAUCAAGAUCUGUUAUCACCAAUUUUGAUAAAGAAAUCAUAACCUCCAUAACUUGUGUGGGCUCCUUCUUUGGAUCUGCAUUGGCUAUUCCGAUGGCGGACAAGUAUGGCAGGAAAAUGACAUUAGCGUAUUGUUGCAUAGUAUUCGUCCUAGCCGCACUAUUGAUGGCGACAUCAAUGACGCUCACAUUUUUGGUCUUUGGGCGAUUUAUUGUUGGAAUUGCUGUUGGAAUUGCUGCUCAAUGUGUUCCAGUAUACAUGAGUGAAAUAUCUCCCUCGAACGCUCGUGGAACUAUACUUACGCUGAACUCAUUAGCCAUCACGGGAGGACAAUUAAUUUCUUACAUUAUUUCCUUUUUCUUUUCAAGUAUAGAUCAGUCGUGGAGGUACCUAUUUGGAUUAUCUGCAAUUCCAGCUCUGCUCUUCAUAUGUCUGCUGGAUUUCAUACCGGAAUCGCCAAGAUGGCUGAUUUCAUUUGGUAGUUUGACAAAAGCUCAUGAAUCGAUAAAAAUUAUUUAUCCAAAAGCAACACCUCGACAAAUAGCAUUGAAAUUGAAAAGACUUAUUAUUGAUAUCAAUAAGAUGCGGAGGUAUCAAGAUGUGGAGGAGCCACUUUUACGACGUUCUUCAUGUUUUUUCUUUAGAUACAACCAUUCUUCAAAUUCGUUACAACUCUUAGAAGAACCACCUACGGAUCCUUCAAAUUCGGAGGUCUUCAUCUUACCAAAGAACGCGGGUCAAAGAAGUACUCGUAGGCGCAUUCACAGAAUGGAACCACGAGCAAAAAGAGCACUAACUGUUGGAUGCGUUUUGAUGUUUUUUCAGCAGAUUACAGGAUUUAAUGCAUUUAUGUACUACGCUACAAUUAUUUUCGCGAACCUUAAAGUCGAGAAUCCAUUGAUUCCCGCAAUGGCAGUUGCCUUUACUAAUUUCAUUUUCACAUUCGUUGCAUUAAAACUUGUGGAUUCGGUCGGAAGAAGGAGUACACUUCUUUGUACAGUUUUCAUUAUGAUUAUAGGACUUUUACUAAGUAGUGUUGGAUUUGCAAGAACUGAUACAAGGCUCAUAAUAACAUCACUUUUAAUAUUUGUGGCAGCCUAUGCUUCAGGAAUGGGGGCAAUACCGUGGAGCACUGUUGAACUGCUUCCUUUGAAUAGAAGAUCAUUUGGUAGCGGAUGCAUAUCAUGUGUUAACUGGCUAACUAAUGCUAUUGUGUCUAUGUCAUAUCUUUCAAUUAUGAAUAGAGUUGGAAAUGAACAUACAAUGAUGAUAUUUGUCUUCUUUGCUGUUCUCAACUGGAUAUUCGUAUAUUUUUUCUUUCCAGAAGUUAAAGGACUUUCUCUGGAGGAGAUCGGCAAAGUUUUUGAAAAUGGUAUCGACGUCCAUUACGUCUAUAGAAACUAUCAUUGA